GAAAAUGAAACAGCAGUAUUGGGUAGCGCGCGAGGAAUAUUUUACAAAAAUAUCAAGCAGAUCGCGGACCUGAAUCAAUUUUGUGGUUGCAGCCAAUGAAAGUCACAAAAAAAACUGUUUACCUACUCUAUUAUUAAGUUUAAUAAACCUUGCCAUAAUGCUGCAUGACCUGCUGCUCUCUUGUUUAAGCCAAAGUCCAAAUGGCGAUGCCUUAAAGGACUUCACGGAGACUUCUGUGAUUGAGAGCUUUAUGCAUCCGUGCGAAAAGGAAAUCUUUAUGGACAUAUUACAAAUUGUCAAUGUCUACAACGAGGUUGUUAGAUAUACACAAGGCAUUGGAACAGAAAAGGAUGAUAAGUCUUCAGAGGAUACUGUGAUUAAUCUGGUUUUUGAUGAGCCCGCGCACGGAUAUUACCUCAUAAACUUUGGCAGGGGCAUCGAGAAUGCUCUCGAUGAGUACUAUGAAGAAGUAAUGCGCCUGGAAGCGUACUGCUUCAAAUCCCAGCCCGCCUCUCUCUCGUAUGUGCACAAUUCCUUGCAGUCAAAACAGCCUACGCUGCUCCUCUUGAGGAAAUUCAUAAGGGAUAUCGAAGCUGCAAAACUUCACGGAUGUGCUUUGCUUAGUUACCUGUAUCAGCAAUCAGACCAUGGCGAUAUUGAGCUUGAAAUAGCAGCCAGAAAAGUUAUAAGGCCAGUGAAAAUGGCAUUUUUUUCAAGUAUGGCACACUGGAUGCUGUUUGGGGUCAUUGACGAUGUCCACUCUGAAUUUUUCAUUAAAUUCACGCCACUCGACAACAACGCCAGUGCCUGCACCAAGUCGUCGAACAGUUCUAUACUGCACGCUGACAAAAAUGGAGAGGACUAUAUAUGGCAGUAUGAGGUCAAUCACAAUCAACUACCCGGCUUUAUGUCAUCUGUUGUUGCUGAAAAGAUUUUGUUUGUGGGACAAACAGUGCUAGUCUUUCAAAUGGAACGCAACUUUCAAAGCAAGAAAGAGACCGACCAGUUGUCAGUGUGCCUUUCUGAGUUGUCCCGCGACGAUAUUUAUCAGCUGUGGAAUGGCAGGGAGGCAGAGUACUUCAAGCUGAUCGAGGACCUAAGCCUUGAGCCCAGAAUCAAUCCAUUUCACAUUGAAGACGCCGUAAAUUUGAUCAAGAAAUAUGUCAGUGCGCGACUUUCAGAAAUCGCUGUAAACGAAGUCGAUCUGGAGCGUCAGUUGGGACUCAUUAAGGACUUCUAUCUGCUUGGCCGUGGAGAGUUUUAUCUGGAGUUUUUAACCCACUUGAAUGGUGCUUUUGAUAGUACUAUCUUGAGAACUACCAAAAAUUACCCAAGAUCUUUUGAGAUUGCAGCGACAGUCAUGGGAAUCGCAGAUGAUUUAGAAAACUUCACGCUUGGUUACAUUAAAUCGAACGCCGAUCCCGAUGAAAGCUUUGAUUUUCAAGUUUUUCAAUGCCUUCACUUAAAGUACACCUUCCAGUGGCCUCUAAACCUCUUGUUUUCGCCGAAAGCCAUGGAGCGGUAUAAUGCCAUAUUCCGAUAUUUGCUGAUCAUUCGCAAUCUUCAAUUUGAAAUGCAACGAGCUUGGGCUAAACAGACUUGGCUCGCAAAGCACUUACCUGCUGAUGUACAUAUCAAGGCCAUGAAUCUCCGUAAUCAUCUGAUGUUCUUUUUGAAUAACAUGCAGUACUACAUUCAAGUGGAUGUCCUUGAAAGUCAAUUCGGCAUACUAAUGAAUGUGAUCCAAAGGAAAGCAGAUUUUGAAGAAAUUCAAAAAGCCCACACAGUAUUUUUGGCGAAUGUUCUGGCCCAGUGUUUCCUCAUGACCGAUUCAAAGGAAGGCCGAAUGAACAUAACCGGAUCAAUGAACCAAUCUCAAAAUCCAAUUUAUGGUACCAUUUUGAAAUUGUUUUCCAUUUGUGAGACUUUCACAAACUUAAGCCGAACAUCAGAAACAGAGAACUUUUUGGAAGAAGUGGACAGUCUUGAAGAACAAUUUGGUGUUCAAAUUGCGAGCCUUGUUCAACUUCUGGUGGACGCAAAAACAGCAUCUACUUUGAAUCCACUCUCUCAGCUUCUUUUGCGAUUGGAUUUUAAUCAUUGGUUUAGUCGAAACCAAAAACCAGUGGUCUUGAAUGAUGCUUAAAGUUGCAACCGCUUGAUGUCUUCUAUACGAAAGUCGCUUCUGAAAAUAGAAUCUAUAAGUUAAUACCAUCUCAUUUGUAAACUAGAUCUUGGCUUACCUUAGAGUUAAAAAUGUGCGAACUUCGUUGGGCGUUAAAUGCCAGGAGGACAUUUCUUUGUUAUUUUCGGGAUUCCAGUAUUCGGAAAGCUCUGAAAUCUUAUCCAGAUUCAGAAGAGUGGCGAUUUGAGAUAUUCUAGUCAUCUUAUCGCGAACCGACCACGACGUGGCGCCUGUAAGGUAGCUCCCCAAAGCCCGAACCUCCUGAUCAAGUACCAGACCGCCAAGCUUUCGAAAUAUAACAAAUUUUUAAAAAUAAAUCCAUCAAAUUUUGUUUAUGAACUUA